UGCUGCCAAGAGAGCUCUGACUGGCAGACAGACAAAGUACAAAGAAAGAAAACAGAGUGGAUUCAAGUACUGAGAGAAAGCGAAUGAGAGAACAAGGGAGGAAACGAAGAAGAGCAGGAAGAUAAAGAGAGCUUUAAAGUAGAGGUGCCGUGUGCUGACACUGAUCAAGCCCCUCUCCUUCAGUAGUUUGAAAGUGUAGUGUGUCUGUCUGUCCAUAUAGUAUCUUGGCCAACCAGUGCUCUGGUGAAAGCGUUACAACUUGAAAUUAGGUCUGUCAGUUAAACCCUAAAAAGAAAACACUAUAAUACACAGAAAAGCCAACAACAAACCACAAAAACUACAACUUAAGUAAAUCUCUUCAAGUGCUGUGGGUCUUUCUGAAUAGGUGUCCAUCAGAAUUGGUUAGCCCUAACUGUUACCCUGCCAGAAAGCUAAAAUUUAACCAGCCUACACACUACAAUGGCUCCCAAAAAGAAGUCACCUCACCCCAAGAAGACUAUUCCUGAACUGACAAUCGUUGAGAGUGGAGUAAUGGUCCCAGAGCCUGGUGUUAAGAAGCUGGAGGUUCCUCUUAACAUUGAUCAGCUGAAUCGGCUCAAUGGGGUGCCCUUGCCACCCCCCGUGAUACGACCCGGGGAAAGAGGUUUUGGCCUGGGCAGCGAGCUCACUCGUCCCCUGCAUGGAUCUGCUCUGCUGGAGGAGCUGAGCCGCAUGAGGCAAGAGCGAUUCCUCACUGACAUGGAAAUGGCCUGCAAAACCAAAGCCUUUGAUGUUCACAAACUAGUAAUUUCCUCGGUCAGCCAGUAUCUUCGUGAAGUCCUGGCCAAGGACCCUGGGAUCAAACGACUGGAGCUCCCAACCCUCUCACCUUUAGGACUUGCCAAUGUGAUUACUUUUGCUUACCUUGGCCGCGUGCACAUGUCCCUGUACACCAUUGGAUGCACUGUAUCUGCAGCCAGCACCCUGCAGAUCCCUCCUCUUCUGCAGAUGUGCAUGGACUUCCUGAUGGCCGAGCUGAACACUCACACUUGUGUGUAUGUAUGGAACAUUGGCACUGCAUAUGGUCUGAUGCCUGUCAGUCAGGCCGCCCGACGCUAUAUUAUGGAGAAUUUUGCCCAGUUUUCUGAGACAACCCAGUUCAACCAACUCACCUUAGAGCAGAUUACAUCCUUCCUACAAGACGACAACCUAGUUCUGCCCUCGGAGGUCACCACCUUCCAGGUGGCCAUGAAGUGGUUAGACUUUGACCCAAAGAGGCAGGAACAUGCAGUAGAACUACUGUCUCAUGUGCGCUUUGAGACCAUCCCUGCUAGCGAGCUGGUUAGUGAGAUCCAGCCUGUGGCACGUAUGAUGCAAGAUCCUCGCUGUCAUGGCCUGCUGGUGGAUGCCAUGAACUACCAUUUGCUGCCUUACCAGCAGAACACACUGCAGUCUCGACGCACAAAGGUCCGUGGCAGCCAAAGUGCUCUGCUAACAAUUGGGGGUCGCCCUUCACUAACAGAACGUGCCCUAAGUCGAGAGGUGUUGUGGAGAGAUCCUCGUGAAGGAAUGGCCACAUGGCGUCAUCUUACUCAACUGCCAGCUAAGAGCUUCAACCAGUGUGUGGCUGUGAUGGAUGGAUUUCUCUAUGUGGCAGGAGGAGAAGAUCAAAAUGAUGCCCGAAAUCAGGCCAAACAUGCUGUUGGCACCCUUAGCAGAUACGAUCCUCGCUUCAACACUUGGCUACAUCUGACCAGCAUGCGCCAGCGACGCACCCAUUUCAGUCUAGUGGCCACCAAUGGGCGGCUGUAUGCCAUUGGUGGCCGCAACACUGAGGGCCUCCUGGCCACCAUUGAGAGCUAUCAGCCCUCUUCCAACAGUUGGCAGCUGCGUACCCCAAUGGAUAUGCCACGAUGCUGCCACGCCAGUGCUGUCCUGCCAUCUGGAGACAUCCUGGUGACAGGCGGCUACGUCAACUGCGCUUACUCACGCUCAGUCAUCCGUUAUAGCAUUGAUGGCGACACCUGGAGUGAGCAGGGAGAGUUGGAGACACCCCGUGGCUGGCAUUGCUCUGCAACACUAGAUGGCAAGGUGUACGUGGUAGGUGGCAGCCAGCUUGGCCCCGGUGGAGUCCGCAUUGAUGUGAUGAUCAUGGAGGUUUUCUCCCCUGAGACCGAGGAGUGGACCAGAGCUGCAACCCUACCCCUGGGAGUGAGCACAGCUGGUUUAUCUCCACAUGGAGAUCACUUGUACCUUCUGGGUGGAUGGAAUGAAUCCGAGAAGCGUUACAAGUCAGCCGUCCAGCGUUAUGACCCAGCCACUGACAGCUGGUCAGCUGUUGAAGACAUGCCAGAACCCAUAGUGGGGGUGUCCUGCUGUGCCCUACCUUUGCCCCCUCGCCACACAACUCGGAGGCACCGGAACACCCCUUCUAAUCAAGACCAGACUUCACAGCAUAUUAAUGCAUGAGAAAAGAAAGCAGGAGAAAGAGAGCAAGAGAGACAGUGUGAGAGAGAGAGUGAUUAAUAAGAGCUUAGAAAGAGGACAGUAGGAGAGAUGGAAAGCUAGAUAACAGAAAGUAAAUUAAUAAUAUAAGAAAGGGAAGACAUUGUGCACAAAAGUCUUUUUCAGUCUUGUUCUUAAACUCCAAGUAUGCCUUUCGGUACAAUCGGAGUUCAAACAAGGACUGGAAGGGCCCACUUUAAAAAGAACGUGAAAAAUGAAAGCUUUCAGCAAGGUGUGUGCUUCAGUUUCUGUGAAUGAAUUAGCUGUAGACAUUGAGCCAUACAGUUCUAUUGAAAAUACUAGUAUCAUGGGAUGACAACAAACCAGGCUAAGUCAAUAGUACCGAAUCUAGCAAUAUAUAAUUGUAUUUAUCUGUAUUUCAAAUUAUUUAUUGCUUUUCAUUUUAUCUAUUUUGACACAGUAACAGUUAAGUGAUAAUUAAGAUGUUUUAUGUGCCAAGAGGUCCAGGCCAACAGUCAAUACCCCACACACAGAAUACACAAAUAGGCACCAAACUUGAUACUGCACUCAGUGGAAUUUGCAUAAACUCACAAAGAAUAAAAAUCACACAGCCAGUCUUCAGUCCUGCUAUCAUCAAAACAAAUUACCAGGGCUACUGCAUUUCCCUUUGAACCCAGAUAAAUUUAUUUUGUUUAAAGUCAAAUUACAGAACCUGCCUUACCACAUCUGUGGAGUGGUCACACUUAAAGGGACAGUUCACUGAAAAACGAAAAUUCUCUCAUUUACCUCAUGCCAUCCCAGAUUUGUGGGACUUUCUGCUGAACACAAAUAAAGAUUUUUUUUUUUUUAGAAUAUCUCAGCUCUGUAGAUCCAUCCAAUGCAAGUGAAUGGUAACCAGACCUUUCAAGUUUCAAAAAUCACAAAUGCAGCAUGAAAGUAAUCCACAAGACUCCAGUAGUUUAAUGUCUUGAGAAGAGAUGCAAUCACUUUGGGUGAAAAACAGAUCAAUAUUUCAAUCCUUUUUCACUAUAAACCUACUCUUUCAGAAUGUUAAAGUGGAAAUAGUAAAAACGGACUUAAAUAUUGAUCUGUUUCUCACCCACAGCCAUCAUAUUGAUUCUGAAAACAUAGAUGUAACCACUGGAGUGGUUUGGAUUACUUUUACACUGCCUUUGUGGUUUUUGAAGCUUGAACCGUCUGGUCACCAUUGACUUGCAUUGGAUGGAUUUACAGAGUUGAGAUCUUCUAAAAAUCUUUGUGUUCUGCAGAAGAACGUCAUAUACAUCUGGAUUGGUAUGAGGGUGAGUAAAUGAGAGAAUUUUCAUUUUUAUAUGAACUAUCCCUUUAACUAACCUGUACUUAUGCAUAAAAUGUGAUCUCAUAAGACCAAGUAAAAAUACCCAACAAUAAGUGACUAGUCCAAGUGUAGGCAAUGUAAUAUCAAUUAAUAUGUAACAGAAUUAGAACUGAAAUUAAUACAAAACAUGGAAAAUGUAGCAAGUUAAGGAGCCUUGAGGGCAUCCGAUUGAAAAAAUAAAAAUGCACACCAAAUAAAAGCCAAACUGAAAAAAACAAAAA